AUGGCGCGGUGCCCGAGGAAGGUCGUGGCGCUCGCCUUCUCGUCGCGGGACGGGCGGUGGCGCGCGCUCCCGUCGCCGGACUGCUUCGUCUGGAGGCGCCACCGGUCGCCCUUCUCCUGCCCGGUGCACGCGGUCUGGAACCGGCGGCACUACGCGCACGGCCGCUUCUACUGGGCGGACUGCCUCACCAACCGCUGGCUGGUGCUCGACAUCGGCGCCAUGGAGCUCUCCGUCCAGGAGAUCCCGGCGCCGGCCAGGUUCUGGGAGGAGAACGUCGUCGUCGUGGAGGGCGCGGACGGCGAAGUCGGCGUGUUCGCGCACGACUUCUACCACGCCAACGGCAACGCCAGCCUCAACUACUACACGAUCCCUCACGAAGUCGACGGCGCGGCGAAGUCGUGGCGGCUCGAGAAGACGAUCCCGCUGCCAUGGUCGACGGCGCACGGCCGUCCGUUCUGCAUCCGCGGCGCGGCCAACGGGUGCUUGAUCAUUGAAGUCAACCAAGACUCGCCGCGACCGUUCAUGUCGUCGAGCCACGACAGCCGGGACGUCGAGCUGUUUAAGAUCGACGUCGGGCGCCUCGAGCUGGAGAGAGUCUGCCGGGCGCGGUGCUCCGGCGGUGUCAGCGACGGCUGGUGGCCGUACUUCGGCUUCCCGCCGUUGCUGAGCUUGCCAACUGUUUGA